CGCGAGUAGAGGAAAAGAAUGGGGAAUGACGUGACGGUGCCCAGCAGCCGGCAGGCCCUGCCGCCGGCCAGGGAGAACGAGGCCAUCGAUUUCAUCCACAGCCUGGGGCGGGAUGCCAUCCACACACUCGAGGGCAUCGGCAUACUCAGAUGCACGGCCGCCUUCCUAUCGCAGAUAGACUUCUCGGCCGCCGUCCUCCGCAAUCGGCUGGGGCGCUGCCUGGCGGCCAAACACCUCGACGGCAUCAUCGCAUUCGAUUUGCAGCUGGGGACCAAGCUCGUGUUGAAGGCCAUCUGGCUGGUGGACACGUAGCAGUGGACCGAGGUAGCCAAUGCGCUGAAGGUGGCGGCGCAGCGCGGCUUCUGUCAGCUGCCCAUCACACUGGCUGUGGCCGACCUGCAGCGUCACGAUAGCAAACAG